CACACAGCCCAUCAGAUUUUUCCUUCAUACUUGUUAUCAAACGCUCAAAACCCUGAGCGUUAGGCUCAAACAGGUCACUGGGGCCUCGUAGUCGUGGUAUUUUUGUGUUGAUGGCAUUGGUAAUUUGUCUCUUCACAAGUGGUAUAUAAGGAUGCCCACAUCGUCUCCUUCAUCCCAUCAGUUGUCUACAACCCGUCAUUUUGAACACUGAGAGCUUUACUUCGCAAUGAGUAACAAUUCCCCCGAUACCGAUGUCUCUGAUAUGGAUUACAAAAUCCCACCAUUUCUUAUUCCUGCGACGGACAUUACACGACUGGAACCAUUUUAUAAUGGUUCAGGAGGACUUGGCGACGUCUGGAAAUGUUCCAUGUCUGUAUCUGCGAAAUCUGUGAAAUCUACGAAAUCUAAGGAAUCUGCGAAAUCUGAGCUUGUCGCUGUCAAAUCAAUCAGGAUCAUAGAGUCGAACGAUGAAGCACUAGUCACAAAAGCACGCAGGGCAAUUCGUAAAGAGGCUUAUGUUUGGAUUCUGUUGUCACAUGACCGCAUUCUCCCUCUCAAGGGUGUCACCGAAGGAUUUGGCAAACUUCCUGCGCUAGUUGCUCCGUGGAUGGAAAACGGAUCAUUGAAUGAUUACUUAAGGCGCGAACAUUCCAAACUGUCUGGCCAUCAAAAACUGGAGCUCAUACAGGAGGUGGCUGCUGGACUUAGUUAUUUGCACGUCGAUGUGCACGAAGAGGGUAUCGUACAUGGUGAUUUGACAGGAACCAACGUUUUGGUCGAUGGCUCUGGUCACAUCCGUCUCGCGGACUUCGGUCUAUCAAUCAUUCUCUCUCGGGCAGACAGCAUCACGUUCAGCUCCUGUCAUGUAGGAAACAUGCGUUGGAUGGCCCCUGACGUUCUCGCCUUGGACAUGCCAACCAAAAUGGGGGAUAUCUAUUCGUAUGGCUGCGUGGCGUUGCAGGUCUUCUCGGGACACCAGCCCUACGAGGGGCUUAAGUCUGUUUUUGCCGUUACGAUGGCAAUGACCCAGGGAAGAGCACCUUUCGCUGUCAUGAAUGAAGACGGAUUGGACGAACGGCUCACAUCGGGAUGCUUCAAGACAGCAGAAGAACGUUUGACGAUUCAGGACAUCAUGGGUAUUCUAGGGUUACAGUAAGCGUUGAAGUCGUCAGAGUGAGAAAUUCGAGCGCAACCAAAGAGUACGAAUACACGACAUACGAUAAAGAUAUGAGCAUGUACGAACGAGCAUCUCGGUCCUUUCCUCCGAGACUAAUAUUAUAUAGUAU